CACAAACGUGCGGGUCUGUCCUCCUGCCUUGUUCUUUCCUUAUUUCUCUAAGGCAUAACCAUAAAUCCCCGACCUCACAGAGGGAUGGGGUUGCUUCGUUAAUGAUUUAUCAGGCUCUUAAACAAGCGCCAGGCCCCUCAGGCAGUGCGCGUCCUGGCCCCGAUGCGCGCCCGUGUGCCAGGGUCGGCCCAGUCGGGGAGAAGGUUACCGGCCAGGCCCGAGCCAACUCCUGAGGAGUCAAGGGGCAGCGCUCCCCGACCUCGGCUGCCCUGGCGCUCUGUCAGGCCCGGCUCGACGCUCCGGACGGGUCGGAUGACACCGCGGCCUCGAGUCCCGGGAUGAGGGAGGGGGAGCCGCGCACCUGCCGGGGCCCGCCCCGCUGUGCCGCCAGGGAGCGGAGCGCAGGGUACCUCCCGCCCCGGCGCGGUGGCGGCAGCAGAAAGGGCACAGCUCGGCCCCCGCCCGCCACAGCGUGGAGCCGGCGGCCGCCCACCCCCGCUGCCGCCCGCGCACGUGUGCCGGGGAAGGCGUUCGGUGCCGUUCUCCGCCCGGGCGGCGCUUCCCCUCUCUCCCCGCCACCUCCCCCCUUCGCAGCAGGAGCGGAGAGCAGCCUCCGCCCGACACGCCCGGCAGCGCCGGGGCCGCUCGCCGACGUGCCUCCCGCGCGGGCGGCCGCCCAGCCAGGACGUCGCCUCCGCCGAUGGCCGCCCCGCUGCCCGGUGUGCCGCGCGCCUCAGGGACGGUGGCGGAACCGGAGGGCGGCGGCCCCCACGGAGCAGUGGGCUCCCCCUGCCCGCUCCCCCGAUCCCCCGGGGGGGACCCGCCGCCCUCGCCCCCCGACAGGAGAAAACAGAAAGAUGACAAUAUUUUGGAGAUCUCAUCAAUUCCAAACCCUUUUCCUGAGCUCUGCUGCUCUCCAUUUGCAUCAGUUUUGUCAGCCAGCCUGUUGUCCAAGGAAACUUCAAGAAAAAAGCAGUCAAAUUUUCAGGGAAAGAAUAGAAGAGAGUGGGAAUGACUGGACAGCCCAGUACAUGAUGGUAACUGCUAAUAAAGAGGUGGUCACUCAGAUUUCCUUAUCUCUGUGGGAGGUAAUUAAAGUAUAUAGUGAAGACAAUACUAGCAGAGCUUUGGAAGUACCAAGUGAUAUAACAGCCAGGGAUGUAUGUCAGCUCUUGAUACUGAAGAACCACUACAUUGAUGACCAUAGCUGGACUCUAUUUGAACAACUUACCCACACAGGUUUAGGAAGAGCUAUAGAGGACCAUGAAUUAGUAAUGGAAGUCCAGUCAAAUUGGGUAAUGGAAGAAGAAAAUAAACUGUAUUUUAGAAAAAAUUAUGCCAAGUAUGAAUUUUUUAAAAAUCCACUGAGCUUUUUUCCAGAUCAUAUGAUAUCUUUUCCAAGUGAGACCCAUGCAGCUGUAAGCCACUCUGGGAUAUUACAGAUGUUCCUAAGCUCCAGCACAUAUCCUGAGAUUCAUGGUUAUUUGCAUGCAAAGGAGCAGGGGAAAAAAUCCUGGAAAAAGUUGUACUUUCUUUUGAGAAGAUCUGGCCUUUAUUUUUCCAUUAAAGGUACAUCUAAGGAGCCAAGGCAUCUGCAGUUUUUCUGUGAAUUCAGCAAUAGUGAUAUGUACAUGUCUUUGACAGGCAAAAAGAUUUCUGGAGCUCCAACAAACUAUGGAUUCUGCUUUAAGCCUAACAAAUCAGGAGGAACCAGAGACCUGAAACAGCUCUGUGCAGAUGAUGAACAAAGUAGGACCUGUUGGAUGACAGCAAUUAGGUUGCUCAAGUAUGGGAUGCAGCUGUAUCAGAAUUACAUGCAACCAUAUCAAGGUAGAAGUGGCUGCAGCCCUUUGAAUAUAACACCUAUGAGAAGCAUUUCAGAAAACUCUUUGGUAGCAAUGGAUUUCUCAGGACACAGAAGCAGAAUUAUAGAAAAUCCAACAGAAGCCCUUUCAGUUGCAGUCGAAGAAGGAUUAAUGUGGCGGAGAAGAGGUUGUCUACGACUCAACUCACAUGGUAGUCCUAUUGCCAUGUCUAACAUGGCUAUACACAGAUCUCAGUCGUGGUUUCAUCAUAAAAUAUCUAGAGAAGAGGCUCAGAGACUUAUUUUGCAGCAUGGACUUGUAGAUGGGGUAUUCCUGGUACGUGAUAGCCAAAGUAACCCCAAAACAUUUGUAUUGUCAUUGAGUCAUGGAUUAAAAAUAAAGCAUUUUCAGAUUGUACCUUUGGAAGAUGAUGGGAAGCUAUUCUAUACCCUUGAUGAUGGUCAUACCAGAUUUACUGAUCUCAUCCAGCUAGUCGAAUUCUACCAGCUUAAUAAAGGAGUACUACCUUGCAAGUUAAAACACUAUUGUGCACGAAUUGCUCUUUAACCAAAGUACCUGUUGUUUCAUCAAAGGGAAAGGAAGAUACUGGAUUUUUUUUUCCCAUAAAGGCAAUUUGUAUAGUAAGAAGGGAAAAAAGCAUUACAUUGUAAAGAGUCUAUGUUUAAGCUGAAAAAAAAAAAAAAAAUUCUAUAUAGAUAA